AUGGAACUUCUGUCACCUUCUGGUUAUGUAGCUUUUGAAGCUUUGGAUCGGUAUGAAUCAGUCAAAGAGGUCCAGCCUGAAAGCAGACAAUACUUCAGGGGGGGAAAUUUCACCCUUCUCUGCCCAGUAAUAAGAGGUAAUUCAACAGGCUGGAUACUGAAGAGGCUUCAAGGAGCUGAAACGAGGUCAGGAUGUUUGCAGUUGAAUGGCACAGAAUCUACAGACAAACCUGAAGAAUGUCAUUUCAUUGACAUUGACUACAAGAACAGUGGACUGUACUGGUGUGAGAGUCCUGCUGAAAACAAGAGACGCAACACUGUCAACAUCACCGUGAGCUAUGACUCUGAAGAUGAAAAGACAUUUACAGGAUCUUUAGUCUGGGUUUCAGGGCUUUGUGUCAUCUUGGUUCUUCUAGUGCUUUUUCCUGUGCUCUGGCUGUUGUUUCCAGGUUUCAGGGAGAAUUUGCAUGUGUGUCCAAAUAGGGCAUUCAGGAGGGAAAGGGUCCAACAGGAAAUGCCUAAAACCAAGCAGGACAUGACUGAAAUCCAGUGGGAUCUUCCCUGGAUGGAAAUGGACAAUUUGCUGGACAAACACCAAAAUCCUGGCAGCUGAACAUUCUACAUUUUAAAUGUCAGAAAACUGCCACUGUGCUUUAUAGAGUCAGUGAUGGGUAAUAUGACAGAUGAAUAAAG